AUGUCUGUAGAAACAGCUUCUGAAGGUUACUAUUCCCAUAGCUUUCAAAAUUCUUCUACAACUUUAGUUGACACAAAUAUCAUUAACGUUAAAGCUGAUAAAUCUGAUGAUGAACUAUCUGAUUUUUUACAACAACUAAGGUUAGAAAACCCUGAUUUUAAGAUAUUGCCUCAUGCACCUGCUCAUAAAACUAUCAAUGAACAAUUGAUAUCUCAUAUUACAAAUAUUAAUAAUGAAACUUGUUUACCUGGUGAAGAAAAUUCUUUCUUUGUUGGUGACUUAAGUGAAUUGGAUAACCUAUAUAAAAAUUGGAAAUUACAACUACCUAGAAUCCAACCGUUCUAUGCAGUUAAAUGUAAUCCAAAUCCAAUCAUUUUAAAAAGAUUAGCUAAAUAUGGGGUUAAUUUUGAUUGUGCUUCAAAAUUAGAAAUUGAAACUAUUUUAAAUUUAGGUGUUGAUCCAUCAAGAAUUAUUUAUGCAAACCCUUGUAAGAUGUCAUCUUUCAUUAGAUUUGCUAAUGAUAAAAAAGUUUUGAAAUCUACUUUCGAUAACGUCGAAGAAUUAUACAAGAUUAAGAAAUUCCAUCCAAAUUCUGAAUUAUUCUUAAGAAUUACAACUGAUGACUCUACUGCACAAUGCCGGCUUUCCACCAAAUAUGGUGCAGAUUUAGAAAACGUUAGAGACUUAGUAGCCAAAUGUAAAGAAUUAGAAUUAAACUUAUGUGGUGUCAGUUUCCAUGUCGGCUCUGGUGCAAAUGAUUUUAGUACUUUAUAUAAAGCCACUAGAGACGCUAGAUGGGUCUUUGAUCUAGUCGAGAACGAAUUUAAUAUGCCUGCUUUGAAAGUACUGGAUGUAGGUGGUGGUUUCCAAUUAGAAUCAUUCAAAGAGGCAUCAUAUGUUUUAAAUAUGGCAUUGGAUGAAUUCUUCCCAGUUGGUUGUAACAUUGAUAUUAUUGCUGAACCAGGUAGAUAUUUUGUUGCUUCUACUUUUACUUUGGCAACAAACGUUAUUGCUAAACGUAAAAUUAAUAACGAAGAAUCAAUGAUCUAUAUCAAUGAUGGUGUCUAUGGUAAUAUGAACUGUAUCUUAUUUGAUCAUCAAGAACCUGUACCCCGUACCCUAUACCACAACGAUGAAUUUCAUUAUUUCGACAACGAAACUACUUGUCAAAGGGCUUCUAAGAAUCACGUCUACAAAGUAUCAAUCUGGGGCCCUACUUGUGAUGGGUUGGAUUGUAUCACCAAAGAAUAUUACAUGAAACAUGACUUGGUAGUAGGAGACUGGUUAUUCUUCCAAGAUCUAGGUGCAUACACAUCCUCGGCUGCCACUGCAUUCAACGGAUUCGAACAAGCUGCUACUAUCAUUUUCAUUAAUGAAAAUGGUGAAGUAGUGGAAGAAUAA